AUGGCAAUUGGAACUUUGACCUCUUGUAGACUUGGUUACCAGAUGAGAUCAUUGGCCAUAUCAAGGGCAUCCCACCCCCACAUCUACUUGAAGGACCUGACAGACUAUCUUGGUGUCAUACUUCAACCGGAGCUUUCACCAUUAAAACAAAGGCUCCUUACUACUGCGGAAAGGGCUAAGCAUGGCUUAGCAGAGGACCCCUCUUGUCCAAUUUGUGGUCAUUCAUUAGAGGAUAUCUUACACGUCAUCCGGGACUGCACAUUGUCUAAAGAAGUUUGGAAACAGGUUAACCCAAGUUCCUACGGUGCGGAAGCUAACUGGGCGUGCCUCUUUGGAUUAUUGGCUUGGCGCCUAUGGAAGAAUCGAGAGUGGACUUACCUCAACACAGAUGGUGCCGUUCAAGUGGACUCAGGGGAUACAGUUGCAGGGGGAGUGCAGCGCGGCAAAAAUGGAGAAUGGAUCCUAGGUUAUAACAAGUACCUAGGUAAUUGCUCAAUCCUUGAUGCGGAACUUUGGGGUAUUCUUGACGGCCUAAAACUCAUCUAG